UCGCGAACAGUCCUCUUACACUCCAAUGAUCAGCGCCGAGGCCACACCGUGUGUACGAUAAUCCACGAUAUUCGAGGUGAUAGCGUUGACUCUCGAAUACCGGGACAGAAAUGGGGCUCAAAGUGGCCUCUGUGCCUGAAUUGGCGGAACCACGUUUGAUUUGGAUUUAAAGCAUGUCUAAUCAAAAUUAUGUACAGAGACUAUCGCGGCCUCAAGAAACGCAUCACUGCAGUCCGCCGAGCUCAGGAUGAAUCACUCAUAGAACCAGGCGAUGCCAUGCCGCUCGCGCGCAGUCCAUAUUCCAGCGCUGGAUCUGGACCGCGUUCCGUGCAUUCAGAGGCGUAUGGCGAGUCCACCUCCCACGUAAUUAUCCGCGACGCAACCCAACAGUCUACUGUGGGAGGCAGCGGCACGUUGGAAGAUCAGCCAGCUUCGCCCACAUCUCUGAAGACAAUCAAUAUUGUAAGCACCAGCACGAGCGUCCUUCCUCGUCUGCGCAGGCGAAGCACCGCCUUGUCCACCAUGCGCACGCAGGUGUCCCCUUCGCCGCAAGAACUGCCGCUCAAGCUUUCCGAAGACGAAUUCGUGCGCGCGAGCCUUGAUUAUACGCAGGCAUCCUCAAUCCAUGUGGACGAAGUUGGCACAGCGAAAGCCAUGACGACGCCGCCGUGGGCUCCCGGCUCACACCCGCCUCUCCACGAGCUGCUCCCGCUGCUUACGCCUGUGCAACGCGCAUUCUUUGAUAUGCUGGACGGGGAGCUUGACAAGGUUGAAAGCUUCUUUUGUGCAAAGGAGAGAGAGCUGAGUGCGAGAUAUCAGGCCGUCGAGAAGCAAUUGGAAGAGCUCAAAGGUCAUAGGCGUGCUUUUCAUGUAUGUGCCCUCAUGUGGAGCCUUUUUCGUUCAGCAAUCCCCCCAUGUGGAAAGUCUUAUUUCUGUCACAAUAUAACAUUUAAAUGCAUCUGCAGGAAGCCCAUCCCCCUCCAGCCGCCAAAUAUACCUGGCUACCGUUCAAUUUUGUUGUAACGCUCCCUCCAGCAAUCUACCGUCUUCGACGGCACGUUCACGGGCCCAUCCCAAA